AUGCCGGCCGUCAAACCCAAGCUCGAGAAGCUCUCCACGCCCCUCUCGGCCACCUUUCCCUCCGAGGUCACGUCGGCUUCCACGGCCACGCCUCUGUCCGCCGUCCACUUCCUCUGCAAGCCCGACCCCGACUUCAUCAAGACGCCCAUCAGCCCGCCCUCGGCUUACACCGACUUCCUCUCCCGCGCCAUGUCCCUCGCCUCUCCCGCCUCUCCCGCCUCUCCCGCCUCUCCCGCCUCUCCCGCCUUGCCCGACUCGGGCCACGACACGCCCGACUCGGCCUCGGCUUCGUCUGCCGCUGACGACUCUUCCUCACUCCCCUCGUCUGCCUCGCCCACCUCCACCACGGCCACCAAGGAGACGCCUCCAAGCACAGCCUCGGCCGUGGUCCCGCCCAGUCCAUACGCGCCUCUGGUUCCAAUGUCGGCUCCCCCCAUCGGCGCCGCCUCGUUUCCCAGCCUGAAGCUCCCUCCCAGCCCUGCCGUCUCCAACUUCGACUCUCCCCUCAGCGCCAGCGCCGUCAGGACGCCCUUUAGCGCCCGCUCCGUCCGCCCCGUCUUUGACUGGGACGCCGCUUUGCAAGCCCGCUUCGCCGACCUCAAGAAGCACAAGGCCUCGCGCACCAGCGUGCGGCACAUCCGAGAGGUGGUGACCCGGACCGUCACGUACACGCCCAAGAUGGACCCGGCACCCAGAGGCAAGCGACGCAAGGUGGAGUGA